AUGGAGCUGCAGGGGGCUACACAACACUACACAACACUACAAAUAGGUCGAUCGUCCAACCGGGAAUCUUGGCCCACUUUUGCUUCUUAUUUUUUGUUUCCUUCUCUUCUCCUCUCCCAUCCUCGGCCCCAGUACUUUGUGAGUCACAGUUCUUGCAUUGGUGCAUUUAAAGACCGUGGAUGCUUCCUGUUCAGCGAAUUGUUAGUCGUCACUUGA